AUGACUGAAACUAUGAUUACCCAUCUUACCAGUUCAAAUCCAAAUCUUGCCAAACCUAUUUCUUUUGCUGAUACGGUGACGGGAAGGAAAACCCUAAACCCUACCACCAUUGAUUUAUCAACGUUACCAAACCCUACUCUAAAAGAGGGAGAGCCGGCUCUGCAAAUACCUACGGAUCUUUAUCAAGAGGGAUGCAAGCGCUUUCAACACAGUCUCAUUGCGAGACUUGAUUUUACAGGCCUGAAGUUCAAUGAGGUUAAACAAACCCUAAUGGAGCAAUGGAAGUUUUCUUCCAUCCACUGCAGUUUUAUUCCGAUGAGUAAAUGUUUUUUCAUUGUUAGGUUAACAAAUGAAGCAGACAAGGAGAUGAUCCGUGGAUCAAAAUGGAUGGUAAAUCAACAUCAGUUACGGAUGAUUGACUGGUAUCCGGGUUUCAAUCCAGAGAAACAGCGAACGUCUCAUGCUGCUACAUGGGUAAGAUUUCCGGGUCUUCACAUGGAGCUGUGGACUGAGAGAUCUCUGUUGACGAUAGGGAAAGCUCUCGGAACACCUAUUGUGGUAGAUCAUCGAACUCUUGAUCUUGAGUAUGGCCAUUUUGCUGUUGUGCUUGUCGAUAUAGAUUUCGCCAAACACAUUCCAGAACGUAUUCAUCUUUCAGCUGGAGGGAGGAAGUUCUUCUAUGGAUGA